AUGUCCUCGGUCUUCUUUGCAAACCUUGGACCACCACCUGUCGAUAGGCCGACACCUGAAGGAUUUCAUUCGGUUGAAUUGAAUAAAACUCGAUGGGUGGUUCCCGAGCGAUACUGCAAUCUGCAAUCAUUGGGUGAAGGAGCAUAUGGAGUUGUUUGCACAGCAGAAUAUCGAUCCACGGGCGAACGAGUGGCCAUAAAGAAGUUUUGUCGUCCAUUCCAAUCAACCAUUCACGCAAAGAGAACUUUUCGAGAAUUGAAACUCCUGCGAACGCUCAAUCACGAUAAUGUAAUUGAUAUGAUUGAUAUUUUCUCUCCUGAUCCCGAUGUUCGAUGUUUGAAUGACGUAUACUUUGUCAGUAUUCUGAUUGGAGCCGACUUGCAAAACAUUAUGAAGAUCCAGAGACUGAAUGACGAACAAAUCCAGCUUCUUAUCUAUCAGAUUCUCCGAGGACUCAAGUACAUUCACUCAGCCGGAAUCAUUCAUCGUGAUCUCAAACCGAGCAACAUUGCUGUCAAUGAGCGUUGUGAAGUCAAAAUCCUCGACUUUGGUCUCGCAAGACCGGCUGACAUUGAAAUGACAGGAUAUGUGGCUACAAGGUGGUAUCGAGCUCCAGAAAUCAUGCUGAAUUGGAUGCAUUACUCACAAACUGUCGAUGUCUGGUCUGUCGGUUGUAUCAUGGCUGAGCUGGUUUCUGGAAAACCAGUUUUUCCUGGAGACGAUCACAUUGAUCAAUUGACGAGAAUCAUGGGUGUCGUUGGGACGCCAAAAGAUGAAUUUCUGGGAAAGAUUCAAUCGGAUGAAGCUAGGAAUUACAUACGUAAUCUUCCUCGUAUGCCUCGUCAAUCAUUCCGAAUGCUUUUCCCAAAUGCGAGUGCCGAUGCGGUUGAUCUUUUGGAGAGGAUGCUUGUGCUUGAUCCGGAUAACAGAAUUACUGUACUUGAGGCUUUACGCCAUGAUUAUGUGAAAGAAUGGUGGGCACCCGAGGAUGAACCGGUUGCUGAUCAAAUGGUGUCAACCGAUGCCGAAGAGGAAUCGGCGGUGACUCUCGAUGAUUGGAGAGAGUUAAUUUGGCGUGAGAUGACGAUCUUUUCUCAAUCAAAUCGUCGUCUCAGUUGUUUCUCGAGUGUUCGCGAGAUUGAAGAGACAAUUCGACCACUUCCAACCCAUCAA